AUGGGCAAUGUCCCGCAGCCAGACAAGGCUGAAAUGCUCGGCAGCCGUGGACUCACUGUUGAAACUUCUGGAUAUCCUGAAGUUGAUGACCCCGUUGAUCCAGCACGAGUCCUCACUCGACAAGACCUUACCAAGCAGCGUAUCAUCUUCCUCGGCGCUAUCCUGCUGCUCAACAUCAUCCUAGCCAUCACCGCGAUACUAGGAAAGGAAUCCAAGGUGGCUCUAGCGAUGAUAUACUUCAUCAAGAGUAAAGACUUUCUCUCCUCCAUCAUAUCCACCGUGGGCCUUGUAUUUACCAAGGUGCACCAGACACUCUGGCCCCCAGACCCCAUCACACAGCGCUGGAUAUUAUCCCUGAUACCGGCAUACUCGGAAAGCGAGGAACAGAUCGUCAAAACAAUAUUCUCGCUCCGUGACAACGGUACGGAGCCUCAUCGCCAGGUUAUGGUGGUGAUACUUGACGGGCAACCCCGAGACAUCCGAGGGAAUAUGACACGGGUCAUCACCCAGCUCGAGAGAGCAUACAUAUCCUUCAAGUGGAAAAGGGGAACAUUGCGAAUAAUUGCCGGCUAUAUGGAAGACGUUCCCGUUAUUGUCCUCGAAAAGCUCAAGAACGGCGGCAAAAAGGACUCGCUUAUCCUGUGUCAUGAUCUGUUCAAUUGCAUCCGCCCCAACGCGCCGAUUUACACGAGGCUCUUGAGAGAAGAGAUAUGGACUCACAUCUUGCCGUCUCUGCUGCCGGAAACAGAUCAGUUCCAAGGCUUUGAUAUGGUGUUUUGCACCGACGCAGACUCCACGAUUCACAAGGGCGCGUUAGCCAAGCUUGCAAAUGCUCUGUGCCGCAACAAGAAUGCCAUUGCAGCCUGCGGCCUUGUUCUUGUGGAGCUGGAGCCAGGAUAUGAAUGGUCCGUCUGGAACCUGUACCAGCAAUUCCAGCUCCAGUACACCUUUGGCCAGUACGUUCGCAGAAGAGCAGAACACUAUAUCGGAAAGGUCACAUGCCUUCCAGGCUGCAUCACCAUGAUAUCUGUUAGGGAAGAGAUGGGAGGGGCUAUACAAAAGUAUGCAGAGCCCAUCACCGGGGAUUUGGUGCUCUCACAUCAAGUGCAGUAUCUUGUGAGUGGAACUUGA